AUGGAGGCCGAGUCGCUCGAGCAAAUGCAAAGCCGCCACAGGCGAGAGCUCAAAGACCUCCAAGGCCGAAUAACGAACAAGAAGAAGAACGCAAGCAAAAAGACCCGCAAAGGAGUCAAUGACGAGUGCAGCGAAAUGGAACGCCAAUUACGAGAAACACAAGCAACCGAAAUAGCUGCGCUGACCGGCCCAUCACAAAAUGAAUCCGAGUCCGAAUCCGCCCCCGUGGCGGACACACGCCUUGAACCCAACGGACUCGACGACACGAAACCACAAACUCAAGAAACUAUAGAGACAGCAGUAGACAAUCUAACACUAAGUACCGACGACGCACCGCCCCAACAACAACAAGGCAAGAAGCGAAACCGGCAAAAAGAACGCAUGGCCCGCCGCGCAGCAGAGCAAGAGGCGGCAGCGCAAAAGGCCGAAGAGGAAGCAUCACACAUGACGGACCACCGUGCAAAGGAGAGCGAAUACAUGAAGAAGAUGUUUACGACGCACGGGCUCGUGGAGAAGGAUAUAGAGCCAGAUGGGCAUUGUUUGUUUUCGGCGGUGGCGGACCAGCUUUCGCAAAAUGGGAUCCCGAGCGGUCGUACGGACAGCAGCGAGCCGGAGUAUAGGACGGUGAGGAGGGCAGCGGCGGCGUUCAUGACGGAGAAUGAGGGUGAUUUUGCGCCGUUUGUGGAGGGGGACCUGGGGACGCAUGUGGUGAGGAUACGGGAUACGGCGGAGUGGGGGGGAGAGAUUGAGCUGAUGGCGCUGGCGAGGAGGUAUGGGGUUGAGAUUCGGGUGGUGCAGGAUGGGAGGUUGGAGAGGAUUGGGGAGGAGGAGGGGAGGGAGACGGGGAAGGUGUUGUGGUUGGCGUAUUAUCGGCAUGGGUAUGGGCUGGGUGAGCAUUAUAAUUCUUUGAGGAGGAAGUGA